AGAAUAUGCUCCUUACAAAUGCCUUUGGAACAAAUCCUCCCUGCAAAAACUGAGGGUUCAGUGUAUUUGCAAGGCUAAUACACGUCUGUUCUGGCAGUACUCAUUUGUGACGCCCGUGACAUCACUUGUGGUUGUGAAGCCGAAUGACACUCGCGCUGUGGGCACGGAGGUGGUCCAACCUGCAGUGAGUGACAAUGGCGGUUCACACUAUGCGCUCCCUCUGUCAGGAUUCCUGGCAAAUCCAGCACAGGCAGGACCAUCUGGAGGCAGCGGGGCGGUGGACCGAUUUGGCUCUUCUGGGGCAGUGUUUUCAACGUCAAGGAGACCCCUUCAGCCCCCACAUCAAGUAUUCGCAAAUAAGUAUGAUGAGGAAGCAAAUUUAGAGAUGGAAUCUCUGCCAAAAGCACAAGAUGAACCAGUCACUUUGCAGUCAUCGCGGCCACCGUCAUACCUGACAACACGGCUGGAAAUCGGAUCUCCAGAAGUGACAACGCAGAUUAAUGAGGAGUAUCGUGAAGUGUUGGACAAUGUUGAUGACCUGGAGUGGCUGAGUGGCGUUACAAAUGGAAGUGACAUGGUUGUGCUUCCACUUGGUGAGAAUGGAACAGCCAAGAUCUUCAGACUAGGAAUAAAUGAGACUUCUGCAGACGGAGUUGCAUGCAAGACAAGUGCUUAUCUGGGUGGUGGAGUGUGUGUUCCCCUGCCACAGUGUGUACUACGAGUGUUCAGACAAGAUUUGGACAUAUACCUGAAGGAAUACUUCUGUACACGUGACAGUUUGGCUGGUGUAUGCUGCCCGGACCGUGUCUAUGGCCAGAAGACGGUGACGACGGAAAACAGCUAUGACACAACCGUCGUUGUGGACUAAGUUCCUAAGCACUAAGUUAACAGUUUUUAAUACUAUACAAGCAAGGAAUCUGUAACCUGUUUUGUAAUGUAAUUUCCUGGUAUUAUUAGUUAUACAUUGUUAUAACACUGUAAAUAAAAUUGUGCCAAGGAAAA